UUCACAUGAGCUCUGUUUACUUUUAAAGUAGUUGGCCAUCUUUGUUAUCAUUUUAGGCAGUAAAUUUUUUAUUAAUAUUCUCAGAUUCAUUGUACUGACCACUAUGUCUGAUAUUAUGUAGUUUAGACUAUGGACAUAGUUUAUUACUUGCUUCUGAUACCAUCUUCUUUACCCAUUAUUGUCGCUUGUUUAUUGCUCAAUUGGUUGGCCUUUCAAUUGUAUGUUAAUAACUAAUUUUUUUAAACAAAAAUCAUGGAAAAUUUAAAGCUUAAAGAUUUUCGUGAAAUAAACGAUGAAAAUUUAUGUGGUGGCUUAGAUUGUUUCACUGUCGACUCAUUUCGUAAUGUUAUUUAUGCUGUGACUAAAUCAAAUCGUUUGAUUUCAAUUGAUCAAAAAUCUGGACAUGUCGAAAACAUCACAAGUAUUGACAAUGAAAAGGUUGAGGAGUCUUACUCUGUGUACGUUGAACUUUUUAUUGAGAAUGACGUUUUAAAUAUUUACUUUGACAAUGGAAUCAUUCUCACAUAUUCAUUUGACUCGAAAGAAGUAAAUUGCGUUGGUGCGGUUGAAAAUGGGAUUGCGGCUGUUGUUUCAAGCCCUGAUCAAGAAUGCAUCUCUUUGAUCUCUAAAAAAGAUAAACUUUUCCUGUUCACCAGAUUUUUUGACAUAUUAGUGGAAAAAGAUUUACAUGCUGAUCACUCUGAGUGCAUACAAAAGGUUGAUGUUGGCUGGGGCUCUAAGCAAACCCAAUUUCAUGGGCUAGAAGGAAAACAAGCUGCUAAAAUUGAAAGCGAGCCUCUUGAACCUCCAGUUCCAUGGGAUGAUCAGAGAAAACGCAUAUUCUGGCGUGGAGAUGGUCUCUAUUUUGUUACUUCAGCUAUCCACCCCGAGAAGAAUUACCGUGUUUUAAGAAUUUGGAAUAAUGAGGGUUUAUUACAAUACGAAAGUGAAUAUGUUGCUGGACUGGAACAUACCUUAACUUGGAGGCCUGAAGGAAAUUUAAUAACUUCAUCAAGAUACUAUCAGAACAAACAUGAAAUUGUUUUCUUUGAGAAAAAUGGACUGCGACAUGGCGAAUUCAAUCUACCAAUUGAACCUGGGUCUUUUAUUAUCAGACAACUCACAUGGUCAACUGAUUCAAAAGUUUUUCUCGUACAUGGAUACGAUUGUAAUCGUAACCUAGACAUUGUUUUUCUCUAUACCAUGAGAAAUUAUCAUUGGUAUCUGAAACAAUGUUUCAAAUUUAAUGAGCGUUUGGAUUUGAUAGCAUGGGAUCCAUCUAGUCAGCUAAUAUUUUAUAUCGUCACAUCAAGAGGAAUAAUCAAGCAAUAUUCAUUCUCGUGGGUUACUGAUCGAUUCGACGAUUUAGUUGCUGUUAUUGAUGGAUGUAAAGUUCAAUUCACACCUUUCAAGUUUGUUAGCAUCCCUCCACCAAUGUCUGCCUAUUCAAUAAUAUUUGAUAAUCCCAUAAAUGAAGUGAUUUUUUACCGCUCACAAAUAUUUGGUAUUUAUAACUGUGAGGGUAAACUUUUCAUCUAUAAAACAUCUGAAGGAGAAUCAGAUUCUGAUGCCAAAAUUGAAAUCAAUGUAAGGAAUACUGCAAUGAAACCAUCCAUCCAAAUGCGACAUUCAUUCACGAACUUGAAAGAAUUGAUGUAUCAUACAAAAGUCAUUAACGCUAACUCUAUCAUUGGAAUCAGGAAAUCCGACGACAACAAAAGUGAACUCAUUCUCGUAUCUCUUUCUUCUAAAACAGUCACACGAUUGGCAAGUUUUCAGCAAGAAGUCUGGAGCUUAGAUUAUCAUGAAACUAUGGAACUGGUUAUAUGGCAACAAAGUGAUCUUUCAAUUAAAAAGUUCUCAAUGAACGAUCGUGUGAUUGUCAACUGGAUUGAAUCACAUCCGAAAAUUGUUUCUUCAAAUUUAGCUGAAAUCGAUGGAGAAUUAUAUUUAUUCGGUUUAACUAGAGACGGAACUUUAUAUUGUAAUGGUAAAAUAUUUAUCAAAAAUAACUGUUCCUCUAUGCUUAUUCAUCAAAACAAGUUUCUUAUAACUACUGGGAAUGACAACUUACUCCGAUGUAACUUACUGGACUCUCGAUUUGUUGCUGAAGUUUUGUCAACUUUAAAUGACCCUCGUGAUGAGCCUCGAAACAUUGAACGAGGAUCAAAACUUGUUACCUCUAUUGCUGAUGAUGCUCGAGUAAUACUUCAAAUGCCUAGAGGUAAUUUAGAGCCAAUUCAUCCACGAACUUUGUUGUUGGAUUUACUGAAACAACUUUUGAAUAAGAAACAAUUUGGUGAUGCAUUUAAAAUCAUGAGAAGACAUCGAAUAAAUUUGAAUCUUCUUGUCGAUCACGACAGGAAAGUGUUUUUAAGUUCAGUGGAGCAAUUUAUCAUUGAAAUCGGAAAAGAGGAUGUUCAAAAUAUUUGUCUUUUCCUCUCGGAGCUUCAAAAAGAACAGAUCUCUCAAACAAUGUACAAGUUCGCUUACUUUGACGAGAAUAAGGUUUACCCAAACAAAUUAGGAGAAAUUUGUUCUUCUAUGAGAAGUAUGAUGAUUACAAUGGAUCCAAAUCGUUACCUUAUUCCUAUCCUGGUUUCGUAUGUCAAAGAUGAUCCUCCAAAAAUUGACGAAGCAUUAAAAUUGGUUUACUCUCAAGAAAAGGGUAAAAGACAAGAUGACGCUCUUAAAUAUUUGUUCUAUUUAAUAGACAUUGAAAAUCUCUACAAAGAAGCUCUUGGAACAUAUGAUUUUGAUGUCUUUCUGAUGGUCGCAGAAAAAUCAAACAAAGAUCCUAAAGAAUAUCAUCAAUAUCUUAACCAACUGAGAGCGAUUGAUAAUAUUUAUUAUCGACAAUACAAGAUUGAUGUGGAUCUUAAGAGAUUUGACAAAGCAUUAAUCAACAUUAAAAAGAUAACCGAUGAAUCUUACCGUGAAGAAUGUUUAAAUUUCAUCAAAAACAAUCGUCUAUUUUGGUCAGCUGUUAAAAUUAUACAAUCAGAUCAUCCAUGGAUGCGAUCAAUCUGGGAAAUGUUUGGAGAUUAUCUACUCAUUAAAAGAUAUUAUGAAGAAGCUGGUGUUGCAUAUCAAAAAGCCAACGUUAUUCCAAAUGCAAUUAAAGCCUAUCAAUUAUCAGAAAAUUGGCACAUGGCACUUGAACUUGCCAUCACUGUACCUGACUAUGAUGUUGAAUCUUGUUGUCGUUCAUUUGCCUCUCGAUUAAAGGCAAAUAAAAAAUAUACCGAUGCGGCUUAUAUUGAAGAAAUUUAUUUAAACGAUAAACCAGCUGCCAUAUUAACUUUAAUUGAAGGACAUCAUUGGACUGAAGCAAACCGUUUGCUUGGUGCAGAAACUAAUGGACCACUUUAUUGUGCUCUACAGGCUGAACUUUUUGUUGAAGCAAAUAAUUUUAUUUCAGGCUUAAAGGACAAACGAGAAGAGUUGACAGUUAAAAUUGAAAGAUUAAAAAUUGUUGAAGAAGCUAAGAUCAAAGCUCUUGAAAAUGAAAACGAACCAGGUGACGAGGAGAACGAUUUGAUAUCCGAUACUUCUUCCAUUUCUGACUCUUCUAUAUCAUCUACGUCUUCCACAUCGACCAAAUCUGGAGGAGAAAAUUCUUUAGCCACUAGGAAAACUCGGCAUAAGAAUAAAAAGAAUCUAAGAAAGUAUAGCCUUAAACCAGGCAGUGCCAACGAAGAUAUUGCUUUGAGAAAGUCCAUCAAAGAAAUAAUGGAAGGCUGUGUUAUGUUGACAGAAGAAGCUUCACCUUUAAUUAGGUGGUCAUAUUUUUAUGGUGAAACUGGAGUAGCAACUGCAUGUCAAACUGGUUUGUCCCAACUUCUUCAAUACAUUGACACACAAAUAGCCAUACUUUGGCCUGAUGAAGAAAUGGAUGUUCGUUUGCUUAAUCAAACUGGAAUUGGUAAAGACAGAAGACUUCAAAAUUUAGCAACAAGAUAUUUAAGAGAUCCAGCUUCUUUCGUUGCUCCCAAAUUGAAUAUUAAACCUUGGAAAUUUGCAUUGAUUCCUGAAUCAUCAUCCCAACCAGCUUGAAUAUCAACAUCCAAUUAAGCUAACUUUUUCUAAUUGUGAUUUUUAUCACAAUAAUUCUUCCUAAUUAUCCACUAAAAGCCUUAUCUUAUAAAACUUUUGUUACAUGUUGCACCUAAACGUUACUUUUGUAAUCUCAAGGUUAAAAUGCAUGAGCUCUCAAACACUAGAGUUUCAUAAUUCUUUUUUUGUCACACACGCCAUUGUGAAAAUGAAAGUUAUCAUAAGCUGUCUAAUUUAAUCCGAUACUUUAUCAAUCGAUAUCACACAAACUCUAUGCCAAGCUAAUUGUUCCAGAAUUCCGAAAUUUUAUACACGAUAACUCUUAGAGUUCAGAUAAGGUUAUACUCUUUAUUUUCAACUGACGAUUAUAGCCUUAUUUAAAUGUAUAUUCAUUCUUAUUUGAAUGAACAAAAAAUACAUGUUAUUGUUAUUAA